AAGAAGCAGACUUUGCUCAGUAGAGAACUUUCUCGAAUGACAGUGGGAGUCAUUCACAUACCAGAAGACAAGUGGGAUACAAGAACUCCUCUCACACACCAGUCCACACGGGGUCACAGACACAUUGGCGAGUUUCCAGAAGAUUGAAGAAGUUCUGUGAACAUAGGGUUGGGACUUUUGUGUGAAGGGAUGUGGUGUGUGUGGAUGUUGCUGCUGGCCCUGGUCAGUGAGACUCGGGCUCUAGACCAGCUCAAUAUGUGCAUGGAUGCCAAGCACCACAAGAUAGAGCCAGGACCAGAGGGGAAGCUCUACCAGCAGUGUGCCCCCUGGCGUGACAAUGCAUGCUGUACAGCUAACACCAGCGAACAGGCGCAUGCGGAUGACUCUUACCUGUACAACUUCAACUGGAACCACUGCGGCAUUAUGUCCUCCCAGUGCAAGAAACACUUCACACAGGAUACCUGCUUCUAUGAGUGUUCACCUCAUCUAGGGCCCUGGAUUCAGAAGGUGGACCAAUCGUGGCGGAAGGAGCGGAUCUUAAACGUUCCUCUGUGUAAAGAAGAUUGCGAAGGCUGGUGGAACGACUGCAAGAAUGAUAUGACCUGCAAGGAGGACUGGCACUACGGCUGGGACUGGACCACAGGUCGUAAUGUCUGUCCCAAGGGUUCCAUGUGUCGGAAGUGGACCGAUGUGUUCCCCACACCUAAGUCCAUGUGUGAGGGCAUCUGGUCCAAAUCCUACCUCUACACCACUUUAUCGAAAACCUCGGGGCACUGCAUGCAGCUCUGGUUCACUGGCGAAAACCCCAACAAGAAGGUGGCGGAAUACUACCUGAACCAUGCCACCUGGCAACGCCUUCCUCUGUCAACUCUCCUUUCCCUGGCCUCCUUGUCUGUAGGCAUAGUGCUCCUCUAAAUAAAAAGUGCCACUUCCCUUUA